CACCUUUCUUCUCCAGGUCUCUCUCCGUAGAACCUCAACUCUACACCCCAACCAUGACACUCAAACGUAAAUCCAACGCCACCACCGCCGAUCCUGAUUCGGUCAAGAAACCUCGGCUCGACGCGGACGGGGAACGACCGAUGACCGAAAAGGAGAAGCGCAAGGCGGCUAGGAUGGUCAGGAAUCGAACAUCGGCACAGUUGUCGAGGGAUAAAAAGCGCGAGUACUUGGAGGGACUCGAGGCGACCAUCGCUACACUUCAGGCCGAGAAUAAGGAUCUCAGGGAUAGGAUGAUCGGUCAGAACACAAACUCGAUCAUGACUGGCGGGCAUUACGCUCUACCGCUGUCGCCUGAUCCAAGUUCGAUCGCGAUCCCCGCCAAGCGGGAGCUCGAUGAGAUUCCUCGUCAAUUCUCUUCAAACGGCGAUGACUCCGAAGACGAGGACGAGGAUGAUGGGGACAGCUCGAUGGCUUUCGACCGAGAGCGAUCCAAAUCUAUGAUGUCUAUCCGUCGUCCUAGUGUCCAGGCCUCGCCUCACCCUAUCCAGCCUGCCCCGGUAUCGGCCCAACACGCACAAGCGCUCGUGACCCUGACUACCGAGAACGCCUCGCUCAAGAACCGCCUGGCCAAGUUGGAAAAGGUCGUCCAAGUCUUGCUUGGCAUGAACGGUGGUAUCGCACCCGCGGCUACCGAUUCGACCGCAAAUCUGGACGUCCUCAGGCUACUCGGACCUGAUGUACCACAGGCUCCUGUCAACCUUGAUAACAACUUUGGCACGCUCAAUCCCUCGACCUACUUGCCACCGCAAGUUUCGCCGACCGAUAUCAGUCCCGGUCUACCCGCCAGUCAGGCAUCUUCCAUGUCUCAACCCCUUCCCACCGACCUCUUAUCUACCGGUCCCGCCCUUACCUUCCCCGCACGAGGUGCCUAAUGGAGGAACAACAACAUCAGGGAUGGGAGGGUCGGACGAUGUCUUUGGGAGCUACGACCAUGAUUUCCAGCGCCGCCUAGAGGAACAACUCGAUUUCGAUCUCGACCUCGGUCUUAGCCUUCAAAGCAACUCGAAGCUCGACUUCAACUUUGGAGGCGAAUUGGACACAUCCAUGACUACGACUA